UUUGAAACGAGGGUUGAAGAGCGAAGAUAACAUAACCGCAGAGUGUGAGUAGCUGAGUGAGAAGUAAGAAGGAAGCACUUACCGGCGGCUGAGACAUGACCGGCGAAGAAGUGUCGGGCCCAGCCGGCCCCAAACUCAUCCGUCUCGUCUGGUUCGUCGGAGCCGGAGUGAUCUGCACCGCCGCAAUCAACAAGUGGCGCGAGUUCGAGAGGAAGGCAAUCAUCCAGCAGCAUCAGCAGCAGCAGGAGGUAGGAUCCAACGGAGUCCCACAGACACCGAAUAAUUCGUCAAAUUCUGUUUCCGUGCACGAACCUCUCAAAUAAAAGAAUCAGUAGAAGAGGCUCUUCUUGGAACUACCUGCUUGGAGUGAUUUCAGCUUCCGGAUUUUUGUAUCUUUAACUCCAGAAUUGUUUGUAAUGAAUGUCUUGCUAAGAUCUUUAAGAAACUAGUUGCACCACAUUUUUUGGGUAAGCAACGGAAUAGAUAUCCACAUUAUAUGGUUCACGUAUUGUAAGCAUGCCAAGAAAUAUUACCUUUAAAGAAACGACAUGCUUAAAAUAAAACAUUU